AUGAAGGCUGUUUCUCUCCAGGUCCUGUUUGUGCUGAGGGUCUUGUUCCUGGCGACCCUGGCCGGAGGGCAACCCAAAGCACCUCUGAAGUGUUCAACAGAGUGCGGCCAUUUUACAUCUGGGAUAGCGGCAAAGCGGAUAAGAAGCUACCGCCGGACGGAACCCCGCUGCACCAAACAAGCCGUCAUAUUUAUUACUCUGAAGUCCCUGGAGAUUUGUGCAGAUCCAGAGGCAGAGUGGGUGAAGAAGAUUGUAGAGAAACUGGACCAGAAAAAAGCCAUGGCCUCACCACUGCCACGUGCUGCCACCUCAGCAGCAGCACCAGAAGAGCCUGGUGGUUUUCAGAAGCAUGUUGGUCUCACAGUAGCAGCUUCAUCUCAAGCCACUGCUCCAUCUAGUUACUUCCAAGGGACUGGCACAAGAGUUUUGGAGACAAUACAUGUUCCUGCUGCCGGGACAGAGGCCUCCAGUAAAUCCCCACCAGCCAUGCAGGACACCACCCAGCUCCCUGCAGGAUCAUCCCCCGUGACACGGGAAGCUGUUGCCUUCUCUGAAGUGACUCCAGAAGCAAACAGAGAUUCCUUAAAAUUUCCUUCACCUUCAACAGUUUUUGCAGCAGGCAUGGUCUCCAGCCAGCCCACCCCAUAUUCCACAGCUGUUGUGCAUGGCUUUGACAAUGCUGUAGGAUCUACAGAAGAACCUGUAGGACAUGCUGCAAAAGCUAUGGCUGAUGCUGGAGACACAACUUCUCCUAGCUCAAAUUCAGACCCUGUGGCCAUUACUAAAGGAUCAGACUAUCCUGUAUGUUCUACAGAUGAAUCCCUGGACCCUAAAAGUGCAAGAGCCAACGCACCAGACACUGCUUCUAGCAGUUUUAGUUCAGACCUCCCCUCCAUCCUGGACAGCAUGGAGAUUGCCACAGCCCCAUCCAUACCAGUUCCACCAGAGACUACUUCAGGUUCUACUCUAAACUCCACAACUGCUGUAGACAAAGGUCCUUCUGUCCAUACCAACGAGGUUGUCAGUUCCUUUGUAGACGCUUUCAGUACUGGAACAUUUGAUUAUUCAUUGCCUGUUGGAAAGCAAGAGCCUUCAGAUACGUUAGUUUUUACUAGCCAAGCAUUCUCAGGCCAAGCCAGAGUGCAGAUGACUACAGAAAGACCGAAAGAUCUGCCCCUUCCCAGCUUCUUGUCAAGAUCUCAGAUGCACUUUGUCAUCCCAGUUUCUGUGGUGGGUGGUCUGAUGGUUUGCAGUGUUGCUUUUGUAUGGCUAUAUCUAAAAUUUGGAGUCAAAACAGAAGAGGUGUCAAGAGAAAUGGUACAGGGCUUGCUCUACCACAAGGAGGGACAUCAAAACAAUGUCUAUCGAAUGGAAGUAAUCUGA